AUGGAUCUUCCAAUCGAGAUCAUAGAAAUUGUGCUGUUAAAAUUAUCAGUUAAACCUCUUCUCCGAUUCAAAUCAGUUUGCAAGUCAUGGAAUAUUCUGAUUUCAGAUCCUGUAUUCGUCCGUAAACAUCAUCUCCGCCAGCUUCAAUCCAAGGAUUCGGAGAAUCUUUUUCUACUCAAGAAUUCAGAGGUUAAUUCAUACGGGUUUUCUUUGGUUAAAUUUGAAAAAAAAGGUCGAAAAAUCCAAACUUUACGACAAGUGUUCGGCCCUUAUUUGUGGGCAACUGUCUUAUGCUUCUGCGAAGGUUUGAUACUAAUUUCCGACAUUUCAAAAGAUAAUUUCGCGUUGUGGAAUCCAUCCACGAGAACACAGACAUUGCUUAACCCUAAGUCGUACCUCCAUCAGGCGUCUUAUGGGCUUUGUCGCGAUCCAAUCACCGCCGAUUUUAAGGUUGUUGUUGUCGGUUGGUACUGCUACUCUGUUUAUUCUUGUAAUAACAAAUCCUGGGUGAUGGUGGAACAAAAUUACGAAAACAAACGCAUCGGUUAUCGUCUAGCGAACAGUAAAGAGGCCGGAGUGUGCGUUGAUGGGGCUAGCUAUUGGGCGUCGACGCACCCUCUACAGAUAGUGUAUUACGAUCCGAGAGACGACAAGUUCAAGAUUUUGGAGAAACCCGAAGAUUUAGACGGCGGGAAAUCGUCCAUGUACUUGGUUGAAUUAAUGGGGUCUUUGGGCAUGUAUGUUUACACAGGGAGUGACGAGAAGAGUGUUCGGAUUUGGGUAAAGGAAAAGGGCAUCGACAAUCAUUCUUGGAAGGAGUUGGUGAAUGUCGAGAAUGUUGAGAAUGUGGGCAAGUCAACUUGGCGGAUUGAGCCGCAGUGUUUGGUCGGAGAUAAGAUUGUGAUUCGGACGAAAGAACCGAAAGAUGAUGGAUUGGUAGUCUACGAUGCGUGUAAGAAGAGGUUUGAAGCAUUUGAAGGCGUAAAGGUUUUCGGGCGAGCUGGGUUGGUUCCGUAUAUGGAAAGUCUGUUCUUCCCCGUUGAGAAAUCGUCACAAGUUGUAAUGGGUCUGUUUGGUUUUCCCAUUUAGAAACCGAGGCCGGAGAGUGUUAACUUUUAGGGGUGAUGUUUAGUUUUGCUUGAAUAGAUAGAUACUUAUUUAGUCUCUAUUUGUAUCUCUUUUUGAAGGGUCUAAUUUCGUAUCGGUUAAUGUUUUGGUUGGGAUUACUUGUUAUUAAUGUAUGUCUUUUUUUUGUGCU